UAUUGAAGGACCCAAUCAAGACAGCCCAACACAAGGAGCCCCCAGAUGUCCAAUAUGUGUAAUAAAGGAAUUUUUAAGCCAAUUUUUUUUUUUUAUUAUUAUUAUUGGAAAACCUAUUUCAAUCUAGAGAAGUGGAUUAAGCAAGCAACCGUCUUCACUCUUCGAAUAACAACAACCGGUGUCAUUUUAUCCACGCAACACCAACCACAAACAUACAACACGCAUACGGCGUACAACAGCUUCCAACAACCCAAACAUCUUAACAUACGCCACACCCCUGCUUCAACAAUGGCUUCAAUCCAGAUACUAAAAUCCGGAUUACAUCCCUUUUCAUCACUCCAAUCAUCCUCUCAUACAAUCAAACCGUUAAUCCCCAACGAUAGCAUAAGAACUCUCAAAUUUAGCUCAAAAUUACAGAUCAACAGAAGGUUUAUAGUUUCGUGCAAAGCUAAAGAUGCAGAUGAUAAUGAAAUCAAAGGUGAAGAGCGAGAGCCUACUGAAUCGUUGUUCAUGAAGGAACUGAAACGAAGAGGCAUGAGUCGCACUUCAUUGUUAGAGAAGGAAGAAGAAGAAGAUAUUGAGGAAAAAUUGUCUAAUCAAAGGGAGAGAUCUCUGGCAUUGAAUAGUGAGGGACUUGAGGGGUUGAUUCCGCGUGCUAAAGUCUUGGUAACCCUUGGUGGAACAUUCUUCUUGGCGUUUUGGCCGUUGAUUCUUGUAACGGUCGCUUCGUUCUCUGGUCUUUACCUUUAUUUUGGACCAAAAUUUGUCCAUGAUGCUACCACAAGACCAGUACACCUACCACAAUACAUUGACCCGUAUGACCUUCUAGAAGACGAACGGAUCUCCGAAACUGCACCGCGACUAAAUUAAACGUACACGUCCGUAUACGUUUUCAAAAGAUAAAUAGCUAGACUUUAUAUCAUUAUAUUUUUACCAAAUUCUGUAAAUGUAACCAAUAACGCGAUCCCUUUCAUUCCAGACACAUGUAAAUACAGAUUCCUACUUGUACAAUGAAAUGUACAUCUCUAUAUGGAAAUAAACUUAUGUUGAAAGGCA